GCGCCCGCUGCAAGCCGCCGCGUCGACCCGCAAGGCCUCCCUCCAGGGUCGCGGCGGAGAGCCACCGCCCGCUGCUCCUUUUAAGGCUUGCGAGGGGCCGCGCUUGAUCCACCUGAUGGGGGAAAAGUCGGUAACACCGGGCUGGGGGAGCUGGUCCAAGCUUCCCCCUCCCUGUGGGAAGGACGAAAGGGAGGACUCAGCCGUCAGCCCCCGCAAGUCCCAUUCAGACCUUGAGCAAAGAGGUGGACUUGACAGUGCUUCCCCUUUAAGAGGGGGCGGUGCGCAGCCUGCCGUUUGGCUGCCCUUCGCACCCUCCCCCCGCCCCGGGCCGAGAGUUUACAGACCAAUCACCCGGGUGGCGGAGGGAAGGCGGGAGAAUGCGAACCUUUCGGUAGGGCGGUAGGGGCGGGCCCCCGGCCUUAUUAGGAGGGAGGCCUGCGCAGGCGCAGACGCGUCCGCAGCCGGAGGGGCGGGGGCAAUCCAGUGAGAGACUCUCCGACAGGCACCGAGGGUGAUUGGGAGGAAAGGGGCAGCGAAAGGCUUGUCAUGGGGUUCCGAGCUGCGAAGCGGCAUCGGUAGCAUCUGGGGAUUUUGAGGGGGACAGGAAGUGUCAACGCCCGGGACCCCGGCGCCAGCUCCGCUGGGGGGAUCCCCGCUGCUCUAGUCCUGGGGAGGGAGGGGAAAAAGGAGGGAGCCCAGAUCUCGCCCCGCCCCUGGGCUUGUUACCGCGGGGGCGGGGAGUGAGGGCUUCUUUUUGGGGGGAGUGGAGAUCGGGGGACUCGGCUGUGCCCUCCUGAGCGGCUGCGGGUGUCCCCGCGGCGCCGGGCUGCGGAGCAGAGGAGCCGCGGCGGCCGUGGCUGUUGCAUGAGUGGCUGCUGGAUGCGGAGGCGGCGGCGGCGGCGGCGGCGAGGAGCAGCAGCGGCGGCAGGAUGUUAGGGCAGCAGCAGCAGCAACUCUACUCGUCGGCCGCACUCCUGACCGGGGAGCGGAGCCGGCUUCUCACCUGCUACGUGCAGGACUACCUCGAGUGUGUGGAGUCGCUGCCCCACGACAUGCAGAGGAACGUGUCCGUGCUGCGAGAGUUGGACAACAAAUAUCAAGAAACAUUGAAGGAAAUUGAUGAUGUCUAUGAAAAAUAUAAGAAAGAAGAUGAUUCAAACCAGAAAAAACGCCUACAGCAGCAUCUCCAGAGAGCAUUAAUCAAUAGUCAAGAAUUGGGAGAUGAAAAAAUUCAGAUCGUCACACAGAUGCUUGAAUUGGUGGAAAAUCGGGCAAGGCAAAUGGAGCUACAUUCACAGUGUUUUCAAGAUCCUGCUGAAAGUGAGCGAGCCUCAGAUAAAGCGAAGAUGGAUUCCAGCCAACCAGAACGAUCUUCAAGAAGACCCCGCCGACAGCGAACCAGUGAAAGCCGAGAUUUGUGUCACAUGACGAAUGGGAUUGAAGACUGUGAUGAUCAGCCACCUAAAGAAAAGAAAUCCAAGUCAGCCAAGAAAAAGAAACGCUCCAAGGCCAAGCAGGAAAGAGAAGCAUCACCUGUUGAGUUUGCAAUAGAUCCCAAUGAACCUACAUAUUGUUUAUGUAACCAAGUGUCUUAUGGGGAAAUGAUUGGAUGUGACAAUGAACAGUGUCCAAUUGAAUGGUUUCACUUUUCAUGUGUUUCACUUACCUAUAAACCAAAGGGGAAGUGGUAUUGCCCAAAGUGCAGGGGAGAUAAUGAGAAGACAAUGGACAAAAGUACUGAAAAGACAAAAAAGGAUAGAAGAUCGAGGUAGUAAAGGCCAUCCACAUUUUAAAGGGUUAUUUGUCUUUUAUAUAUUCUUUCAGAAAUUUACUUUCAGAAAAUGUUUUAGGGUAAAUGCAUAAGACUAUGCAAUAAUUUUUAAUCAUUAGUAUUAAUGGUGUAUUAAAAGUUGUUGUACUUUGUCUGUGACCUUAAUUUUCUGCACUGAAUUACCAAAUAUUUUCAACCAGAUCACCUGAUGAAAGGAGCAGGGAACAGGGAAGGGUGGCCGUGAACAUGAUAAAAACUUCCCAAACCAUGCCUAUUUCAGUUCACUAAAACUGCAGUGCUAAUUUGGGGGGAAACACCGAAGUUUUGCUAGUUCUGUGUGCUUAAACAAAUUUAGAUAUAGUUGGAGUUCUCUGUAAGCAUUCAAAUUAUCACAGGUAAUUUGAAAUAUGAACACUAUUCCAUUCAGUGCUUCUUUCUCCCUGGCCCCAUUGAUGUAUACACUUGUUCAUCUCUGGUCUUCCAAGAAUUUAAGGAACUAGAGAUAAGAAUUAUUUGGAAUUCCAUGUGGAAUAAUGUGCUCUUAUUAGAGUAUUUGCUGCUGUAUUUUCCUUAGUAGCAUUUUGAUAUACUGUCAGUAGCCCACUUAUAAGUACCUUCCUGCUGCUUCAUAGCUCCAUUUGAUCUAGUGCUUUUUUUUUUUUUUUUUUGGCCACACCCGGAGCAUAUGGAAGUUCCUUGGCCAGGGAUUGAAUCAGAUCCAGAACUGCAGCCUGUGCUACAGCUGCGGCAACUCUGGAUCCUUAACCCCCUGGGCUGGGGUUUGAGACAACACCAGUUUUUAACCUGCUGUGCCACAGUGGGAAUUCCUAAUCUAGUGCUUAGUAAGAGAGUUGUUUUCAUUGGGACAGGUAGGAACAGUUAGGAUACCAAAAAUGCUGUCAUUGGCUCAUACUGGCAAAAUUUGGAUUAUGCAGUAUCAUGGUUCAAGGUUGAGUAAUUUUAAAAAUGCAUCUUAUUUAAUAUUUUUCAUGUUGACUUGCUGCUAGGAUACCUGGCCACAGGCCUACCAGCAGGAAAAGGGCAUAUACUAGUCAUUAAAUACUGCCUUUAUGUCAAACAGUAGUUUAAGUAGUUUUGCUAGUGGCUGUAGUUUAUUUCUGUCCCAAUCAGUGGUUAUAUAUUAUUUUAAGUAAUAGUGUAUUUACUUUCUGGGAUUGGUGCUGUUUGGUGUCUUCACGUUUGAUGAACUAAUUUCAUUAUAACAAUGCAAUUAAUAAUGUAUUUGUAAAUUGAAUUUUCCAAGAUUCUGCUAUUUUAAGGGUAAGCAUCUUGAUGGAUGUAUGUCCAUAUAUUUGGAGAAUAUUUUGGUUUUUCAGGGGUUUGGGGGCAGUGUGGAUUGACUAGUCCUUAAAAUCUAUGUGUAAUAUACUUUUUAUUCUUCAUUUCUUCUUAAUCUAAUGAUCUUGAUUCUUUUUGAUUAACGUGAAAAAAUCCUGUCUGCUUGUUUGGAAAAAAGAAAAAAAAAAUUUUUUUUCCUCC